AUGGCGUCAGCAUUGACGGACGUGGAUGUUCUGCGGAAUGGGAACGGAGGCGGAGUCGUUCUGGUGGCCGCAGACGAAGCAGAUCACGUGAGCGUCGACGCAGUUCGUCAAAAGAUCGCAGCAGACGUAGUCGCAGCCGCGAGCGUAGGCGAAGCAGAUCUGGCGAUCGCAAUCGCAAACGUAGUAGAUCGCGCGAGCGUAGACGCAGUGGAUCGCGAGAACGUCGACGUUCUCGCGAGCGCCGGCGCAGUCGCUCAAACGAUCGCAAGCGUCCGCGUAAUGACCGCAGCUCAGAGCGUAGACGGGACAGAAGCUCCAGUAGAGAGAGGCGGCGUAGGUAGACACCACCGACUUGAGGAGUACAGACGUGUAUUGUAG